AUGGCCUACCACGAACCGUUAGAUGCCGCCCCAACCAGCGGCCAUCUACCUAUAGAGGUCCCGAACUCUGUCGCUCCUUGCAACUCCUCCAUAACUCCCAACAAUACCCUGUUUGAACAGGAACCUGACAGAGAUGACGAAAUUCAACGCUAUCUCCAAGCCACGGGCGAAACAAUUUACCAAUCGUGGCGGCCUUCGCUCACAGCCUCGCCAUAUCUAGUCCAAUCAAACGUCCAAUAUCAUUAUCCAAGCAGCCAAUCCCAGAACCCUGGGUUCCCUGGCUCUACGUCAUCGUUCAUGCAGCGCAACGUGACACAGGCGGACUACCAUUAUUCGAUGAACACGCACGCCCCUUCAACUGCGAUGUCUGACCUCUCACUUGCUAGAGAAACUACACCAACCGGAAUUUUGCAAUGCAGAUGGGAAGGAUGCACAUAUACAAGGGAUUUCGGCCGAGUAGAGCUAUUUGUCGUCAGUGUUAUUUCACUUUACUCUGGUAUUGCUGAUAUGGACAUUCGUUGGGAUUUGCACAGAAAGCGCUCGAACUUUUGCUUCUCUUAUCGCUAA